GCGAUUGAACGAAAUUCAACCAGAAGCUUGGCGAGCUUCGUCGAUUUGCUUUCUCUAACACUGACGCAGCUAUUUCGUCUCUGUAGAUAAAGUGGCCUUUUGGUCAGCGAGGGCUAGCUCAGGCUACUUUCUUUUUCUUCCCCAUUCCACGUCUGCAUACCUAGCAAAGGCAACGGCAGCUGUCUGUCGCAUGAUACUCCCAACUUCCCAUGGCAAAUAAUACAAGAUCGUUGAGGUCGCGGCCCAUCGACACGAUGGCGGCCGCAAGCAAUGGUCCUGACUCUCCUCGCGCCCCCUCCUCCUCCUCCUCAUCCUCCUUCUCCUCCUCGACCUCGGCCGCGACGGCACGAACACCACCUCACCUUCCUACGCCUCUCGAAUCCUUCCUCCUGCUCCUGUACCCGGUUCUCCUGAUUUUUGGCACCAUCUUCAGCGUCAUAUCGCCCGAGAUACGCGCAUCGCCCUACGACUUCACGGGCCAAUCUCACGUGCAAACAAGCGCCCCUUCCUACUUCGCUCGCAAGAACAAUCUGUUCAACAUACUCUUUGUCAAGCGCGGCUGGGCUUGGAUCACUAUCGCCUUUGUUGUCUUCCUCCUCAGCCACCCCGCCCUGGGGUCGACUUCCCGGAAGAUCAAGGCUACCAUCCGAUGGGCCGCAAUCACCGCCUGGUGGGUGCUUGUCACGCAGUGGUGCUUCGGCCCUGCGCUCAUUGACAGGGGUUUCCGCUUCACGGGCGGCAAGUGCGAGAUGGCGGAGACGGCUGUCUUUGAGGGCAACCCGGACAAGAACGACGUGUUCACAGCUGUCGCGUGCAAGGCGUCUGGCGGCAGGUGGAGCGGCGGUCAUGAUAUCAGCGGACAUGUCUUCCUCCUCGUCCUGGGCAGCUUUUUUUUGCUGCAGGAGGUAGGCUGGGUCAUUGUCAGGUCUGGUGCUUACCGGGGCCACAGGGAGGAGAGAUGCGUCGUUAUGAACGAUGGUGCUGUAAAGGGCGCCGGCGUUGAGGUCGAGGGGAGCGAGCGCCCUACGAAGGAAGAGAAGAGCUUGGCAGUUGCUACCAAGUUCGCGCUCGUCAUUAUUGGACUGUCCCUCUGGAUGCUCUUGAUGACGGCUAUUUACUUCCAUACUUGGUUUGAGAAGCUUACUGGGUUUCUCACUGCCUUGAUCGGUGUAUAUCCCGUCUAUUACCUCCCCCGUUGGGUUCCUGCGUUGAGAACAGUCGUUGGACUGCCGGGCAUUUGAAAGUAGGGUAUUGGGGCUGUAGAAAUACGAAUGAUGAGGGGUCAAAAUAAAGCACUGAUGCAUGCAAUGAAACCGAGUAAAAAGAAAUUUAAUUUAUAAUCACACGUUUCGCCGCA